UUUGUCAUUGUAAAUUGCUCAAACCCGGUUAGUUCUCCAUCUUACAUUGCUACCCGUCCAUGCAUUGAGGGGUCAUACUCGUCCAACGCACCAUCAACUUGGAAUUUGUAUGCUUUGGUUAAUCCAAAUGCUUUGGAUGUGAGGGAUUUUUGCACCAUCAGCAGUUGGGCGCAGGCAUCACGUGUUUUUGAGCUUGAUAAGCAGACUAAUAUUAGCUCCUACAACUACGAGCUAAUCCAUAACAGCAUGGCUAAAGGAUUUGAUCUCGGCUUUGGCAGUGGAUAUAGUCCAUGGAAGAAAACUGUUUUUUGCUACCUUGAUUUCUAUAUCUACUUCCACUUCCAUAGCUACUUUUUUGGGAAGCACUACUUGAGAGGCGGCCAGGUUUGCGGAUCCAAGUACUACUUGGGCGGUGUCCAAGAUGAUAUUGCAAUUUGGACUGCUGGAGAUUUUAUAAUACUAUUGGUGCUUUUCUGUGUAGCGAAAUUCAUAAUCGGGACGCCAUUUGUUGCGAUAUUUCUAGUCUACAAGUACCGAAGAAGACACUUAGCAAUGGACAAGAACAUUGAAGAAUUCUUGCAAGCUCAUAACAACUUUUUGCCCAUAAGGUACUCUUACUCUAAUAUUAAAAAGAUCACAAGAAACUUUAAGCACAAACUAGGUGAAGGGGGAUAUGGUUCCGUGUACAAAGGAAUGCUCAGAAGCGGCAAUGAAGUGGCCAUUAAGAUUUUGAAGUCCAAGGCCCAUGGCCAAGAUUUUAUUAGUGAAGUGGCUACUAUUGGAAGAAUUCACCAUGUUAAUGUUGUGCAACUCAUCGGUUUUUGCUUUGAAGGCUCGAAACAAGCUCUUGUGUAUGAUCUCAUGUCAAAUGGAUCCUUGGAUAAGCACAUUUUUGCGGAGGAAGGUGAUAAGUUUCUUGAUUACAAGAAAAUAUAUGAGAUUGCUCUUGGGGUGGCGAGGGGGAUUGAAUACUUACAUCGGGGGUGUGACAUGCAAAUACUACACUUUGAUAUCAAGCCCCAUAACAUCCUUUUAGAUAACAAUUUCACUCCGAAAGUUUCUGAUUUUGGACUCGCGAAACUUUAUCCCACGGAUCAUAGCAUAGUUUCAUUGACUGCUGCAAGAGGAACCUUGGGAUAUAUGGCGCCUGAAUUGUUCUACAAAAACAUUGGUGGUGUAUCUUAUAAAGCAGAUGUCUAUAGCUUCGGGAUGUUGCUCAUGGAAAUGGCAGGGCGAAGGAAGAAUACAAAUGCAAAUGCGGAACACUCGAGCCAAAUUUAUUUUCCAUUGUGGAUAUACGACCAAGUCAGUGAAGGUGCAAGUGUUGGAAUGGAAGAAGUUGUAGAAGAGGAAAGGAAGGCGAUAAAAAAGAUGAUAGUAGUUGCACUUUGGUGUAUACAAUUAAUCCCUGACCAUCGACCUCCAAUGAACAAAGUCCUAGAAAUGCUUGAAGGAGAUAUUGGUAAUAUUCAAAUGCCUCCAAAACCGCAUAUUUACCCACCACACGAGCCAGUUGACGAUGACAAAGUUGACACGGGAUUAGAAACAUUCUCGACUUCAUCAAGUGCUCCCAUAAUUUUUGCUAGUUUUCCGUUUGGAGAAAGCAAUGACGUUUAGAGGACCAUGCAUAGUUUGAUUGGAAAAGCUUUGUUCCCCAUAUUAUAGUAUUAUGUUGGGAGGGAGUUUAGCUUGACAGUGAUUACAUUUUGUCUUUUGCUAGCUCUCAGGUUACUGUUGUGUUGUUGUAGUUCAUAUAUAGUUUCACUCUCUUGCAUCCUUUCCCUCCUUCGAAAGGAUAAACAAAUUGGUAAGAGAGCAAGGACGAAAAACGGCGGGGCAAGGGGACGGACAUUGAGAAUUUUCCUCUCUUAUUAUGUGAUUUAGGGUAAUGCCAAUUAAAAAGUUAAUUAUAUCUCACGAUCUUGCUUCUUAA